AUGCCACGAUUUGGGAUUUCCUUUUUCCCUGGAUGCUGUUCUUCUCCUCCUGGCUGGCUUCAGGAGGAGACUGCUGUGCCUGUUUUAAGCCUGAGACUGAGCUUUCCAGGUGAUCUGAGCUCAGGCCAGCGGAGGAGGAGCUGGGCUGCAGGAAGGCUCUUGCAGAGGGCAGUGCCUGGUGUGGGUGGCAUCCACGUGAGAGCAGAUUUCCACCCAAAGGAAAAUAUCUAUGGAAAAAAUCUGGAGAAGAAACACCAAUGCAGAACUGGGUGUGCUGAGGAAAAUUCAGCAUCUGAACAUCACCUUCCCUGGCAGAAGAGUCCUGAGGAGGGGUUUGAGUUCAGGGGUUGUGCCCAAGCAUUCAAGGCAGUGUCUCUCCUGGACCAGAGGGAGCUCCAGCAGGGCAGAGGAGCACGGCAGGGCUGUAGCCUUCACCUACAACUGCAGAACCCAACUGAGGAGGAAAAUCUGCUCUCUGCUGCUUUCUGGGUGCCUGGUCCAGCUCCUGGUGCAGGGCUGAGAGGAGGGAAGGAUGAACUGGCAAAUCCCUGGAGUGGAGGGCGAGCCCAGUGUCUCCCAGUACAGGCAAAAAUUACAAUCAAACCCCCCCACCAAAAAAUCUGGGAUAAUUCCAUAGGAUAUAUGUACAAGUUCUAUCUCAGCCUGGCUUUGGAUCAUUAAGUACCUUCUGCUUUGGGUUUUGCUUUGGCUGAAGUCAUGAAAUGAAAAAUCUGAAGCAUU